AACCACGGCUUUCUUUGCUACUCUCUUUCCAACAAAGAAAGCUGCAAUAUGUCGACGCAAAAUGGUAAUCGGCGAUCGUCGUUUUCCUCCUCUACGACGUCGUCUUUGGCCAAACGACAUGCAUCGUCCUCGGAUAACGUCGGAAAAGUCAUGGCUUCUAUGCCUAAAAAGAGAGUCCCUCUUAGUAACAUUUCUAACCAGAAGAACACCUCAAGAAGCUCCGUUUCGGCUUCUUCUUUGGUACUAUGUUCAAACAAAGUCCCCAAGACCAGGAAGACAAUGCCUGAUAACAAUAAUGUAGGUUUUUCAGGACAUGUUUUACCUUUAACACAUGUAGAACCCGGUUCAGUUCCGCCUCCCAAGGUUGUCUUAUCUUUUCCAAGAGGAAAUGAAGUGGCCUUGCCCCCUCCUCCUGCUACUAUCUCCACCAUCCCUCCUCCACCAUCUAUCAUGGAGGUUUCGCCUAGCAAAUCAGAUGGCUUAUCAGUUUCCACGGACGAGACAAUGUCUACCUGUGAUUCUUUCAAAAGUCCUGAAGUUGAAUAUAUGGACAAUCAUGAUGUUACGGCUGUUGAUUCGAUUGAACGAAAGACGUUCAGAAAUCUCUGCAUUUCGGACCAUGUUGAAUCAACAGGGAAUAUAUGCAAUAGAGAUGCAGUUGCAGAGAUGGAAAUGGAUGAUAAGAUAAUUGAUGUUGAUGACAAUUACAUGGAUCCACAGCUUUGCGCAACAUUUGCUUGUGAUAUUUACAAGCACCUACGUGCAUCUGAGGUGAAGAAAAGACCUUCCACUGACUUCAUGGAGAGAAUUCAGAAAGACAUAAAUUCCAACAUGCGUGCAAUUCUAAUUGAUUGGCUUGUAGAAGUGGCUGAAGAGUACAGGCUUGUACCAGAUACAUUAUAUUUGACUGUGAACUACAUAGAUCGGUAUCUUUCAGGGAAUAUGAUGAACAGGCAACGCCUACAGUUGCUUGGUGUUGCCUGCAUGAUGAUUGCAGCAAAAUAUGAGGAGAUUUGCGCUCCUCAGGUGGAGGAGUUCUGCUACAUCACUGAUAAUACAUAUUUCAAGGAGGAGGUUAUAGAAAUGGAAUCUUCUGUUUUGAAUUACUUGAAGUUUGAAAUGACUGCCCCAACAGCUAAAUGUUUCUUAAGACGGUUUGUUCGAGCUGCUCAAGGGAUCAAUGAGGUUCCAUUAAUGCAAUUAGAGUGCAUGGCCAACUAUAUCACUGAACUCUCUCUCCUAGAGUACAGUAUGCUUUGUCAUGCUCCAUCACUUAUCGCUGCUUCUGCAAUUUUCCUGGCCAAAUUCAUUCUUCUUCCUUCAAAGAAACCUUGGAAUUCAACCUUGCAGCAUUACACUCUUUACAAGCCAUCUGAUCUAUGUGACUGUGUUAAGGAUCUUCAUAGAUUAUGCUGUAACAACAACUCUACUUUGCCAGCAAUCAGGGAGAAAUACAAUCAACAUAAGUAUAAGUGUGUUGCAAAGAAGAAUUGGCCUCCUUCAAUACCUUCAGAAUUCUUCCAAAAUUGAAAGCAAAGCAAUUCGACAGCAUCAGACGCUAAUGUUCCAAUACUUUGUUGGAUUAACUGUUGCUAAUAUCUGUCUGUCAUAAUCUAUAUUUCUGUUAGAUGCACACUAAGUAGGAUCUUCCAAGUGUAUGAUGACCUUCAAAUUUUAGUCUAGUGUAAUUGUUCAUUUUAGUAAUGGACGCCACGUGGAAAAAUAUAGCCAUGUAUAAUUUUGCUAUACGUAGUAAUAUAUUUUUGUUUAUUAUUA